AUGUGCGCCAACGUCGUUUACGAAUGGUUGAAGACCCUGAAACUCACCCAGUACGCCGAGUCUUUUGUGGAUAACGGCUAUGACGACCUGGAGGUGUGCAAACAAAUCGGGGAGCCGGACCUGGAUGCCAUCGGGGUGUCGCUGCCCCAGCACAGGCGGCGUCUCCACGAAGCCGUGCGGAGGCUGAAGGAGGAAGACGAGACCACCGCCGGCCUCUACUUCACCUUGGAGCCGCAGCCCCCACGGCGGGGCUCGCCGGGACCCGACAUCUACACCAGCCGCCUGGUGGAGACGCGCCAAGCCAAGACGUGGAAGGACCCACCUCGUCAGACGCCCCCGCCGGGUCACUCUCGGGGGGCGCCGCGGAAAAUGGAACUCAACUCCAAGGAGUUGAUCACUUACCCCAAACUCAGACUGAAAAUCAUGAUUAGGGAUAAACUCAUCCGGGAUGGGAUCGCUCUCAGCAAGCCGCCUUAUUCCAGCCAGUUCAGCAUGAGGAACAUAGGUGGACGUCCUAAGUCUCAUAGUGGCUCAGUUCCGCUUCAUUGCCUUGCCUUUCCCUUGGAAUAUUCGGGGAAAGGAGAUGGCAAUAUGGUGAAGCCAGUGGUGUCCCUUAAUGCUUCAAUUUGA